AUGCGGCACCACAUCGGCUCAAGCACUUCUCAGCGCCAUCCACCAAACCGCGAACUUUUUUCCUCAAUCGCAAUCCAAUCCAACUUACACCUCAACACCACGCCCUCCACCCAAUUCCCACCACCACCUAAUCCCCAACAACUCGUACGUGCCCUCCUCUCCCUAGUCCCCCUCCGUCCCCCUCAUCAACCUAACUAACACUCACCCCCAGACUCUCUUUCGCGCACCCGCAAACAUGCAUCUAAUGUACACCCUCGACGCCGCGGGAAAACGCAUUUACACCCUCAAAAAAGUCGUCGGCGCCGAGGUCACGAAGUCCGCGCACCCGGCGCGCUUCAGUCCCGAUGAUAAGUAUAGUCGUCAUCGGGUGACGUUGAAGAAGCGGUAUGGAUUGCUUUUGACGCAGCAGAGUGAGUUUUUUCUAUUCCGCAUGGGGUGGAGAGGUUGGGAUGGGGAAGGGCGUGAUGGAAGAUGGAAUGGAAGAGGGAGGGGAAGAAGGGGAUGGUGGGAUGGUGGGAUUGGGCUAAUUGGUUUAUAGAGUCUCGUGUUGUUCUUGGACAAUAGAUGGGUUUGGGUGGUUCGCGAUAUUGUCGGUCGGUCUAUGUCGGGAGAUUCGCAAAUUUCAGAUUCACAGAAUGACGGGAUUUGAACGGUCGAUCGAGAGGAAAAUCAGGGCUCUUUACUGUGAACCUCGGGCUUGUGGACAAUCAGGAGUGAUGGUCGGAGGAAUUGUCGCAUCUGGACCAGAAUUCUCAAUCUGAAUCUGAAUAUGCUGUGGGAACAGACUUCUUGCAGGAGAGAAACUUAAGGUGGCAUGGUGGGUGUGGUAUCACCAAUUGGCA